CCUUUAACACCAUAAUCUUCAAAGAGCAACAAAUCUGGAUCCCCAUUGCCACUCUUUAAUUUUUCACUGUGGAAACGAAGAGGCAGCUGGGGCCAACCAUUGCUACAUUUAUAUGAUCCUCAUCCUAAUUUAGAGGCCCCUUAGCUUUUCUUAAGACUCCUCUUGCAAGCAAGGUACAAAUCUAAUCCUUCUUUAUUCCAUUAGCCCCUCACUAUAUAAACCUAAGAAUUCUUAUUAAACAAACCACACAGCAAGUUAGAGCAAAUAGAUAUCCAACAUUUCCAAAUAUGGCAGCCACUAUUUCACAGCCGCAGAAAUCGCAGAAACACGUCAAGAGUGAGCGCCGGAUGUUCUCAGCAUCAGAUGACACUGCAAUGAUGAAGCAAAUUCAGGCAACUCAUGCGCCUGAUGGUCGUAUAGUUGAAGUCAGGCCCAUUCUCCAAAUCAUUGACAACGUUUUGCGUCAUAUCACUCCCAAUAUUGAUCAUGCUCUAAAUGGUGGACAUGGACACAUGGAUGCCUUGGAUGAUAGGACCAGCCCGGCUGCUAUUGAUGGCAUGCUUGAUGCAUUGGCUUAUAUCGUACAAAAAAUCUCCUGCGAGAUAUCAUGCAAGUGCUCAGGAGGAGGAGAUGCUCAUGCAACAACGAUGGUGCUGCUUAACACGCUUUCAAGUUAUUCAUGGGAUGCAAAAGUGGUGCUAACCUUAGCUGCUUUUGCUGUGAAUUUUGGGGAGUUUUGGCUGAUAGUUCAGCUCUGCACAACGAACUCACUUGCCAAGUCUGUGGCUCUCCUCAAGCAACUGCCAGACGUCUUAGAGCAUUCCCAAACCCUGAAACCCCACUUUGAUGCACUUAGCAAGCUCAUCAAGGCAAUGAUGGAUGUAGCCAAGUGCGUUGUUGAGUUCACGGAGUUACCUUCUCAGUAUAUUUUGAGCGAAGUGCCACCAAUGUCUAUCGCCAUGGCUCAUAUCCCCACAGCUGCCUACUGGACCAUCCGAAGCGUUGUGGCCUGCGCUACACAGAUUACAAGCCUUGUAGGCUUGAGACACGAGUUCAUUACAUCGACCACAGAGGCAUGGGAACUAUCAAGCUUGGCGCAUAAAGUCAGCAGCAUACAUGAACACCUUCAAAAGCUAUUACGUCUUUGCUAUCAGCAUAUUGAUGAGAAGAAGCAGGCAGAAGCUUAUGAAGGUUUCAAGCACGCCCUUGAAACACCUCAAAUAGACAACUUGAAGAUUCUCAUAAAAAUUUUCUCGCUCGGCAAGGAAGAUCCUCAUUCACUCUUGGGUCCAGAAAAGAACAAGGUCCAUAUGGAGGUACUAAGAAGAAAGCAUGUGCUACUGCUCAUUUCAGAUCUUGAUAUCUCCCAUGACGAGAUUCAGGUUCUUGUGGUUCUGUACAAAUAUGAAAGGGAAGCGACUCAUGAGCUUAACUAUGAGAUCGUAUGGCUCCCAAUUGUGGACAGAUCAGCUUGGAAUGAAAGUUUUCAGGAAAAAUUUUUGAACCUGCAAUCAAUUAUGCCAUGGUAUACUGUGAACCAUCCUUCCAUUAUUGAACCAGCAGUGAUUAAGUACACCAGGGAGGUAUGGCGUUUCGUAAAGAAGCCCAUUGUGGUUACACUGGAUCCACAAGGAAAGGUGACAUGCCCAAAUGCACUCAACAUGUUGUGGAUAUGGGGAAAUACUGCCUUCCCCUUCAGCACUGAGAAAGAAGAAAGUCUGUGGAAAUUAGAGGCUUGGAGGAUUGAGCUACUUGUUGAUGGGCUCGAAGUUAACUUACCUACUUGGAUGAAACAACAGAAAGUCAUAUGCAUUUAUGGUGGUGAACAAAUUGAAUGGAUCGAAAGUUUCACUUCUGCAACAAAAAGUGUUGCACAGACUCUUGCCAUUAGCUUAGAGAUGGUUUAUGUUGGAAAGAACAACGCCAAGGAGCGGGUGAGAAAGAUCAGCAGUUUAAUCAACCAGAAGCAGCUUAGUCACGCCUGGCAAGAUACCGAAGUGUGGUACUUUUGGAACCGGUUAGAAAGCAUGUUGUUCUCGAAAACCCAACAUGGCAAGACCAAUGAAACUGAUGUUAUAAAGCAGGAGGUCAUGACAAUACUUGGUUAUGAUGGCAGCGAACUUGGAUGGGCAGUAUUCUUUUUAGGAUCAACUGAAAUGGUGAGAGCCAAUGGAGACAAAAUUCUAAGUAGCAUGAAAAAUUUUGCACAAUGGGAAGACCUCGCUAGACAAAUGGGUUUUAUUCCAGCACUUCGCAGGCACCUGGAAGGGAUUAGUGACGAUCAUCACUGCACCCGCCUUAUCCUUCCAGGAAUCAGUGGGGGAAUUGCAGAGAGGGUGGUCUGUGCUGAGUGUGGACGUCCAAUGGAGAUGUAUUACAUGUAUCGCUGCUGUGUUGAAUAAGCCAAAAAGCGAGACGUUUGAUCAAAGCCCAAGAACUCAGAAAUAACUAUCACUCUUGAUCUUGGGUUUUUUAAGUAGCUCUAAGUGAUGAAAUAAAAGGUCUAAAGCUCUCGCAUUUGCUUGUCUGUUUCUACAUUCUUCUAUAGUGGUGAUGUUUGAGAGAUACUAGUAAUAUUUAGGACUCUUUAUCACCCUUCAUUGGUUACCGAAGAGUCUUAGCUAUCUGGUUUUUAUGAAAGUGUGCUGUGCCUACUGCCUACUUUGUAAUAUAGCUUUGCUAAAAUAACGAGUUUUUCGAGAUUGUGGCUUUGAUGUUAGGCAUUCUCUCUCAAGCUACUCUUUUUUUCCUUUUUUCUUUUUGCCAAAAUCUGGAAUAAUGCAGGGGCCAGGGAGCCUUCUUUUGAAGCAGAAGUCCCUUCUUUGGGUUUGAACUUUGAACUCUGAAAUGGAGGCUACAUGAACUGAAUUGGGCUUGA